CAGUCCGUUUCGCGUACCAAUAUUAUUGUGAUAAGGAAAUUUAUCUUUGUUUACAUUUACUAAUUGCUUCGUUUCUAGUACGCAGAAUCAAGCUAUCGCGAGUUUGUAACAUUUCGUGCACAUUGUUCAACAGGUGUGUGCGAAAAUACGGCGUUUUGGAUAGUUUUUCCGCGGAGAAAUUCGUUUAUUUUGUGUCCAGAUGACAGUUGUUGUACACGAAUCAAUCGAUGUUCAAUUGAUCCAAAAAUGAAAAACUUUCUUUAGAAAACAAGGCUUUUGAUUCAGGUUUAACACCUUAGCCGUUAGUGUGUGAGCAUUCAAAACAUGCUACGGCUAAGUUGAUGUUGAGUUCAGUUUCUGCUAUAGAAAAUCGUUAAACAAUUUGAAAAUGCACCACCAUCGCCGUAGGAAGAAACGACCUAAUUAUGGCAGCAUCGAAGUAUCUCGCGGAGAACAUGGUUUCGGAUUCACAAUAUCCGGCCAACAGCCAUGCAUUCUGUCAUGUAUCGUUCCGAACAGUCCAGCCGACUUAGCCGGGCUCCGAUCUGGCGAUUUUUUGAUAUCUGUGAACGGUUUGAACGUAUCGAAAUUACCACACGAAUCGGUUGUACAGUUGAUUGGAUCGGCCGACCGUACCAUACGAUUAGCCAUAGCCGAAACGUAUUAUUCCGACAGUUCUGACGAUGACGAUCUGGUCAACCAAGCCAACCAAGUGCAUCAGCGAGUUCGUCCGAAAUUUCCCCAUCACAAGCUCAAGAUGAAUCGAAACACUCACCAUCGCCUGUCGUUGGAUGCGAAAAAAGUCAUUAGCCAAACCGCUGAGCCGAAGGCGAGUACAUCGUUUGCGGUCGAUCAAAAUUGUCGUCGGUCGCCCGAACCGUGCAGUAAACUCUCAAACGUAUCGGUCAGUCCCAAAAACGAUCUUCCAUUCCAUUUAGAAGCGUGCCGAACCCAACGAUCGUUGGAAUAUCGAACUGUUGUCGGAUAUCUGGGUACAAUUGAAAUGCCAAAGCAAAUUGCGACCAGCUCUAAGCUUCAAACGGUCCGCAGUUGCAUUCGGAAAAUGCGUCAGGAGAAACGGAAUCCGACCAUGGUACUGAUGACAAUAUUGCCGCAUUGCCUGACAUUGAAGAACAACUUGAGUGUGAUGCUGGCAAAGUAUCCAAAUUCUCGGAUCAGUUUCGUCAGCGGCAAUUCAGAAACUGACAAACGAUUUUUCGGUUUGGUCACAUCGGCCAUGUACUCGGAUGGUGUGAUGUGCGAAAAUGGCCAGGCCGCUGAUAGUGACAUCAUUAUAUCGAACAGUUGCCACGUCUUUGUCGUCGACACAAAACUCACCGAACAUUCAGCACAUCUACAGAAGGCAGACGAAUUUCGUAUCACAUGCACCAAGGAUCCGAUAGCGGAUCUCUGCUUAGAAUUUCCCAACAACGCCGAGUACGUUGUGAAUCUCAUACGAAGCAUGUACACGUUGUACACAUUGAAACCGAUCCAUCCCAACGAGAAUGAACGACCGCCUGUCGCUCGACAGUUGAAUAUGAACGAAUCGCCAAGACGAGUCUAUGGUGCUGACGAAGCCGCCGGUUUUUUGGUAGCCAAUUCACCUCAGCCGAGUAAUCAUAGCGAAAUAACGACGACAUCUAGCAAUUCCGAUUCGGGAAUCGGCUUCCACAAUGACUGCACCAACAUUAGCGACCGCAUAUUGGUGGUGGAUUUUCCUGGUCUUCAGAAUCGACAGAUCGCUAAUAUUCGGGGUAAUCUUAGACAACCGUCGUUGCUGCAUGCAAGACCUGUUGCCAUUAUAAAUGAUUGUUCGCUUUUGGCUUCGGGAAAUGUGCGUACGCUGGGAGGAGAAAAUGCUUCGGAAAGUAAUUAUUCGCCAAUCGUGUCGCUGCGCUCGAAAUCCAAAUCCAUGGAUUUGAUAAACAAUUCGUCCCCGCCUAAGGGCAACAAUGCUCGGCAAAUUCGUGCCAUGCUUGCUUCAAGUGCCGUUCCCGGAUGUAGCAAAUACAUCAAUUCACCGCCACAAAUGCCACAACAGAAAUACGACUGCGAGGAAUUAGUCAAUGACUCGCGACACCGAUCUCUUCACGAAUCAAAUCAUCCAUUUCGAGAACGACCGGUCGAUGUGCCACACAAUUUUCAGUUUAACAGCCCGCUCAAUUUAAGGAGUAGUCAACUAGCUGCUCGAUCUUGUGACGACGUGAUGAUGGCUUUCAGUGCUGGUAGAUCAAAACAUAAACAAAAAACAACCGACCCACCAUCGUCAAUCGACGAUGUAAAUCUACUCGGUGCUGCACCGAAACCGCCCAGCAAAUGCAAAGACGAUUACGUUUUUCUGCCUCCGAGACCGGUAAGAAAGUCGAAGAAACCGUCGUCGUACAAACAAGUUAAACCGUCCAAUAAGAAUUCGUCAAAAUCGGUUACGGUUAGUCCGAAUGCGUUGCGGUUGUGUCGCCGUGCAUCGGCUAGUGUUGAAAAUUUGAUGACGAAUAAACAGUGCGUGCGUGAUAAAAGCGAUUAUGAAUCGAUAUGGGGCAGUAUGCAAGAUAUCCGACGAGCGACGAUGGAUUCAAGAUCGACUAGCACCUUUUUGGAAGGGACGUACAGUGAACCUGAUUUGACGUCACGUGCUUUGCCAAGCAACUCAUCACCCUUCAAGCGAUGGGGACAAUCGUCAUUUCGAUCACGAUCGAAUGAAACCCGGACGCCAGUCCAACGACGUCCUUCUUCACUGGCAGCAUCCGAGAGUGACGUUUAUUCAAAGUCCAUUGACGAUGACGCCGAUUCGUUGCGUAGUCGCAGUGAUCUAACCAAUGCGACCCACAACAUCAAUGGAGUGACAGCAUGGGGUGCAGCGUUCGAGAGAUUAUUGGAAGAUCCGGCCGGGCUGCACACAUUCGCCGAAUUUUUGAAGAAGGAAUUUUCGGCCGAAAAUAUUUAUUUUUGGACAUCGUGCGAACGCUAUCGUUACAUGGACGAGACUGAACGGGCAAGGGAGGCUACUCAGAUAUUCGCAAAGCAUUUGGGUGUUGGGGCGCCAGAGCCAGUGAACGUGGAUUCUCAAGCCCGAACGACAGCUCAAGACAAUUUACAAAAGGCUGAAUGUGAUCUCUUCAUGCAGGCUCAGAAACAGAUUUUCAAUUUGAUGAAGUUCGACAGCUAUCAGCGCUUCAUCAGAUCUGAUUUGUACAAGAGCUGUCUGGACGCCGAAGCGAAAAAACUACCUCUACCGUAUCCAGGCGAUCAGUUAGACGCCGGUCUACGAACGCACUUAGUCAGUCCAUUAUCGACCAAGUUAAAGAAAUCGCUAAGCAAUGCUGAAGAUCGCCGCAGAAAGUCACUGUUGCCAUGGCACCGCAAAGUUCGUUGUAAAUCAAAAGAUCGCGGGGACGAACUUCGAAAAGAGGCACAAGUUAUUGGUGGCUCUGGGACGCUGAAGGUGACUCAUUCUGGCAGUGAUUUGCACAGUUCCAGAAGUUCGUUGUCCAGCUUCGAUGCUGCUAUUUCAUGUCGCACAAACAAUCAAAACGAUUGCGACGAAAGUAAGAGCUCAUUGUGUCGUGUGAUAUUGACGGAUGGAGCGACUACCAUUGUCCAAACAAAGCCCAGCGAAAACAUUCGAGAAUUGGUGGAACGUUUGUUGGAGAAACGCGGUAUCACAUAUCAUGCGUACGAGGGCUUCUUAGCGGGUAACAGCAAGCCAUUAGAUUUAGAGGGUCCGAGUGUUUCACUAGCCGGCAAGGAGAUGUUAAUCGAGCAACGAGUUGUCUUCAAAUUGGAUCUGCCUAAUCGCAAAGUCAUUUCGGUGAAGAGUAAACCCUGCAAAGCGUUGGGAGAGGUGUUGAGGCCGAUUUUGCACAAGUACCAUUAUCGAUUGGAUUUGGUGCAAGUGGCCAGCAAGGAAUAUCCCGAAUCGAUUGACAUGGCAUUGCCGGUUACCGUGUGCGAUGGACAGAGACUACAAAUUACGUGCAAGCCAGGCGACUAUCCCGUUGACAUUCAACCGAUAACCACAUCACAGUCACCAAAAGUUCAUAAGAAAGCCCAUCAAAUCGCCAACUCAUCCACAAAUCAUGCAAACGCACCCACGCAUCAUUCAACAUCAACAUUUCACGAUCCCCACACGCACAAGAGCUUCAAACCCAAUCUGCAACAGUGCCACUUGGAUGAAAUAACCAACAAGGUGUUCAACGAACUGUUGCAAGAGAAGGUUGACGCGCACGCCCAGCACAAUCCGUCACAAUUGCGACCACUUUCCGAUCACGGAUCGAUUCGAUCGGAUGAUUUCGGCGGUUCGGAAACGAGUUCGGGAAUAUUCGGUCGAUUGAAGCGGAGAGAUUCCAAUUUUCCGAUCAGUCGAACGAAUAAAGCCAAGAAAACCGUAGCGCCCAGUUCCAUAGCCGGUUCGGAUGAUGGAGCGUCCGAUGGAGUUAAGAAGCCGUUGAUUGCAAAAUGGAAAGCAGGUGUUAAGCUGCAAGUGACUGGCCGUACAGAUAAUCACGACUUCCUGGAAGGCCUAAAACGCGCCCAACGCUUUCGCUUGGAGGAUCAACGCGGCACAGAAAUCAACUGUGAGCUGCCCGAUUUCCUCAAAGACAAGGAAAAUUUCGUCAACAACAAGCUACGGAAAACCAAACCCGCAGAACCAGUUCCAAUGGCACGCACUACAUUCGAAGCAAGCUCAGUGCCUCUAGUUCGUCCACAACCCGCACCCAGAUACUCAAUAACCAAGAGUCCAUCAACAACGUCCAUUCAAAAUGGUGACAAUUCGUCAGCCACCAGUUUAACAAACAAACGACUCAGUCCGACAGCAGAAAAUGCACCCCACUACGACGCGAACAGCAGUGCGUACAUGAAUGCAAGUUUCACAAGUCAGAUCAGCCAAUGCGGAUCGACAAUCGAUGAGUGCUGUUACGACAGCAACACCGAUUCAAGUAAUCCACGCGGACCGCCACCGUUGCCACCGAAACCGAAAAUUCUGCCAAUCAAACCAUCCAAUUGGGGCCAAAGUCCGAACAAGUCCGAUCGAUCGCCACAGGAUGAAAUAGCUGGUGGCUUGGUGAAGCCCAGAAACAUUUUUAUGGAUCAAGCGAGCAGUAGCUUUGUGUAGAAUCAAUACAGUCAAUCGAAGAUUGACCGGAAGUAGUAGAUUUAGGUGAAUUGUGAAGCUAAAUGGGAUAUUUAUUGACAAAAUUUAGUUCGAUAAGUUUGUCUAGGAAAAUAAAAUUUUAAUUUAACAA